GAAAACCACCGUCAUAUGUUGUUUCAGGAUCCUGAUCUUGUUGUGGAAUCAAUGACUACGAAUAGUACCUCAUCGCCUGCUGCGAGGUCGUCGGCAUCAUCAUCUGCAACCGAACGCAGGCCGCCUGCCAGUUCAGGGUCCACUACGAGAGCUGCAGGGGCAUCGACUCCAAGUUCAACGCCUUUGCGCUGGGAUCGACAAACAAUUCAGUUUUCUGUCAAUGCUUGGAUUUCACACGUGAAAACCGAGUUGUGGGUGUUUUGUGGGCGAAUAAAAGGGAUAGCGGGUUGUGGUUUGCUCCAGCGGAAUGGAAAGAAUGUAGGUUGGGGAUCCAAGUGCUGCCAUUGUCGCCGAUCACUGAGGUUUUGUUUUCGGAUAUGGGGUUUGUGAGGCGGCUUGUGGAGUGGGCUUUGCCGGCGUUAGCGAGGGAGGGUGUUGGUGAAGGAUGGAAGGGGUUUGUGUAUGCACUGGAAGGGGUUUAUGAGAAGGAGGUUGCACUUGAAAAGAUUAGAAAAUUGAGUGGGCAUGAUGAUGGGAAUUCUCUAAGUAACUUGUUAUGGUGGAUUCAUAGUAGAGAUGAAGGUGAUCAAGGUUAUGAGGGAGGGGGUAAGCAUUGUUGGUUUGGUCAUUAUUGCCAUUAAAUUUCAAAUAUAUGCAUAUGUGUGUGUUUAUGACUUUAUGGUCUCUUAUGUGUGAUAUUGGUAAUGAGGAUGUUACUAAUUC